AUGCCCUGCUUGCUUAACUCUGCGUACGGGUGGAUUGUUGGCGGAAGUAUUGGGAGUGUUGAUAUCAGUAAGGCGCAGCAGUGUAAUGUAGUUCAAGAAGCUAGCAGUCUUGAACAACUUGUUAAAAAAUUUUGGGAAGUUGAAGACUGUAUCACUAAACCAGCAAAAUUUACUGACGAAGAACAAAUGUGCGAAGAACAUUUCGUCAACACAGUAAGAGUGCAGAAGGACGGCCGUCUACAAGUAAGGCUUCCUUUUAAAACAAUGCCAAAUGCUCUUGGCAACUCAUUUGACAACGCGAGCAAACGUUUCAAAAUGCUCGAGAGAAGAUUUGGCCGGGAUGAACAACUCAAGAAUCUAUACUCCGAGUUCAUGAACGAGUAUAUCUCACUGGGUCAUAUGUCACUCGCACAAAAUGUCAACUUAAUGAAACCUCACUUUUACAUACCUCAUCAUUGCAUUUUGCGACCGCAGAGUUUAACAACAAAACUUCGCGUUGUCUUUGACGCCUCUGCGAACACAACAUCAGGACAGUCAUUAAACGAAUUGCUUAUGGUGGGGCCAACCAUUCAACAAGACUUAAUUAUAACGCUUCUUUCGUUUCGUUUGAAUAGGUUUGCUCUCACGGGCGAUAUAGCCAAGAUGUAUCGCCAAUUCGUCGUCAGCGAGCAAGAUAGACUGUUUCAAUUAAUAUUGUGGCGAUCUGCGCCAACCAGCCCAAUUGAAACAUACACGUUAAAUACUGUGACGUACGGAAUGUCGGCUGCACCCUUCCUUGCAAUUAGAGCACUUCAUCAUAUCGCUGAUUUGCAUCAAGACGAAUUUCCCAUUGGAGCUAACACGCUACGCAAUGAUCUCUAUGUGGAUGAUCUCUUGACGGGAGCUGAACAAAUAGAAGAAUUGCAAUACAAAAAGAAUGAACUAGUUAAAUUGCUGCGGAAGGCCGGACUGCAGCUCACCAAAUUUAGUAGCAAUUGUAGAGAGAUUACUCCCACAUCCGAAAACGAAGUGUUUAUUGAAUUGAGUGACCAUGAGGUUACAAAGGCAUUAGGUAUCGCAUGGCAACCAAAUCGUGAUAAUUUUGUAUUCAGCUACCACGUUGAAAUCAAUGAACCGUGUACAAGACGCUCAAUACUUUCUGUUGUUGCCCGAAUUUUCGAUAUUCUAGGCUUAAUCAGCCCUAUUAUAAUUCGAUGUAAGAUCUUUAUGCAAGAUCUGAUUCUAAAAGGACUCAAUUGGGACACGCCGAUUGAUGAACACUCUAGCACCACAUGGAAGGCUUUAACGGAAGACUUGCGAGCCUUAGCGAAGAUCGAAGUCCCACGCUAUGUCUUCACAUCGAAAAAUUACAUAUGCGACAUACAUGGCUUCGCAGACGCCUCUGAGAGAGCAUAUGGAUGCUGCCUAUACGUCCGCGCCAAAUUAGCAACUGGCGUUAAGGUCAGCUUACUCGUCGCGAAGUCAAAGGUAGCACCAACUCGCGUACUUUCAUUGCCCAAACUUGAACUUUGUGCUGCUGUGCUAUUAAGCCGAACUUGGCGCAAAUUCUCGGCACCACACUUUGGCGGCCUUUGGGAGGCUGCCGUGAAAUCCACGAAAACCAUUGUGCUCAAAAAUAUUGCGAACGCACAUCUGACGUUUGAGGAGCUUCAAACAUUUUUCAUCGAAGUGGAAGCAAUCCUCAAUUCACGACCGAUUGCACCAAUGACAGACGACCCUAAUGAUGCUGAAGCUGUAACGCCAGCUCACUUCUUAAUAGGUUCAACGCUGACGCCAGCGCCAGAAGAAACACUGUACAGCAACUCUGACAACAGCGAGAAGAAAAUGAGUUAUUUGAAUAGAUGGCUGAAGGUAGCUUAUUUAAAGCAACAGUUCUGGUCUUUGUGGGAACGGGACUACGUGCAUUCACUUCAGCAACGCGCUAAAUGA